AUGGUCGUUGAUACGAAUAUCUUGAUACACCAUUAUGAAGCUUUAAGAACGUUUGUGGCGGAUGUUGAGAGGUGCGGAGCGCCUGUUGUCGUCGUCGUGCCUGGGACAGUGAUCUAUGAGAUGGACGGCUUGAAGAACCGCGAUGAAGUGGCGUGGCCGGCGCGUCGAGCUUCUGGAUGGUUAUUGGAGAGAGUGCGAGAGAAAAAGUCGGUCAAAGUACAAGCUACGGAGGAAACAUGCAAAGCGUCGCGUAAUUGGAGGUCUAAAGAUGAGGCCAAGGAGCUAAUCAUACCAGGGGGCAUGAUGAACGACCAUUUGGUGCUAGAUUGUGUCCAGUAUUUCCAGAUGAGCACCAGGCGGCGGACGUUCCUUUGUACCGAAGAUACGAACGUUCUGAUUUUUGCACAGGGGCAGGGAAUUGAAGUUCUUUCUCCUUGCAAGUCAAAACCAUGGACUAGCAGAGACAUCGCCAUCGCGCUUUAUGGAAACAUACCUGCGGUUUCACAGCACUUUAGCGGGGAUAAUGCUGCGUACAGGCAGAUUACUGUCUCUGGCGCUGCGGGUGCUGGGGACGGGGACGGAAUGAUGAUCGACGAUGAAAUAAUUGUGGAGGAAACGCCGUUGAAUGUUCUCCAUGAUGAUGUACGGGAGUAUUUCACGCGGCUCUUGAUCGAUGCUGCGUUGAAAAUUGGGGGCCGGGCGCUACUCGAUCCGGUCGAUCCAGGUUCACUUUCGAGGUAUGCUAGCAACUGGAGACGGAAGCCAUGUACAGCCUGGUCUGCGGUGGAUGCGAUUGAAUAUUUCUGGGAGACGCAACCGGGGCUUCAGCAGGAGAUAGACGGCCUCCCUGGACCGCGACUAACAGCAUUCUUGGGAAAAAGAUAUACUGGUGUCGUGGGGGCACGGCGGGGCGACGACUGGAGUCUAGGAGAUUGGAUCGCCGGAUUCACCAAAUUAGAAAGACUUGGCAAAGGCAUGGAUACGGAGUCACGUGAUAUGAUAUUGGCAGCAUCACGUGAGCUUCGGGAGUACGUAAAGCAGCGAGUUUUAGCAGGACAUUAA